CCUGCCCUCCCCACCCAGUUUUAGUGUCCUCAAUUAGCCUGCUGGGUGACGUCAGGAAGGUGACAUGGGUGCCUGUGUUCACAAUGAGCCGCAGCUCCUGUCGUUUUCUGCUGCAGCAUUACAUGCAAGCAGGGAGGAAGGAGAGAAUGUAUGCGUGAAAUGUGCUAAAUUAAUCUGGCAUUUUCUGCAUGAUUUGAGCAGCAGCUGCAGCCUUCUCCUCCACACUGUACCUCCUGUGCUGCUGCUCUCCUCCUCCUCCUCCUCCUCCUCCCCUGUUCUCCUCUCUGUGCGUUUCUGCAGGGCUGCGCAGCUCCUGACUGACAGAGAGAUGAGGGGUGGGGACGCAGGGUGGGGUCACAAGCAAGGGAGAGGCGGAGGAGGAACAGGCAGAGAGAGAGAGCCCAGCCCUUCAAUACACGGCAACAACACACCGAUACAGAGACACAGAGAGGGACACACAGAGACAGACACAGAGACACUGGACUGGUGGUGGUGUUCACGCAAAAAGAGCAAAAAGGUGGAGUCUUCUCCUCUUUCGACGCGUGGGAUCAUCUUAACACUGACUGUCAAGGUGGAAAACUAGGCUCCCCCACCCUUCUCCUCCUUCAACCAGCCCUAUCCUCCUCCAACACUUCUGGUCCAGAUACACAGCUGCUGCCCCAAAACAAGAGACCCUCAGCUCCUGCUACUGCUGCUCCACCCUUCCACCUUCUCCUCCUCCUUCACCUCCUCCUCCUGCUGCUCCUGCAACCGAGAUGCACACGGAGACCAGAAACAAGAAAUGCCAGCUGAAUUCUAAGCAGAAGAAGAAUGCCGGCGGUACCCAGAAGAAGCAGCGGAGCCCGGCCAAGAAGAGUGUCCUGACCCGAAAACAGCAGAAGCAGCAACAAGAACAACAGCGGGAACAACAACCUCCACCACCUUCACCAUCACCUCCCACACCUGCUUCCAAGGAGAAGGAGGAGGAGCCGGUGACCAGGCCCAAGUCGCCGCCAACAUCACCGCUAACCGUACCUGGUGGAGAGGAGCAGGAGAACACAGGUGAAGAGGGGGAACAGCCGAAACUGAAAGUGGAUAUAAAGUCAGGCAAGAAGAGGAAGAAGAAAGAGAAGGAGGCUAAAGGAAAGGAAGAGGAGAAGAAGGAGGAGCAUCGGGAGGAGGAGGAGGAGGAGAACGAGAUGCCCUCUGUACAGAUCAAGCCUGAGCCGGAGGAGAUGGAGUGCACGCAGCCUGAUGACUGCCCACAGCCGACCAACCUGAAAAUAAAGACAGAGACUCCAGCCUGUAAGACAGAACCUUCCUCGCCUUCUCAGUGUCCCACGGAGGACCAGAACCAACCCAUGGACCUGUCCCUCAACAAACCUCGUAUGUCUUCACACACAGUCUCCGUGACCAACACCACAGUCAACCCUCCGCCCAGCAGCACAGCCACCCAGCCCAGUCUGACGGCCACGCCUGUCCCCUCUGCGGUACAAUCCAUAGGCUCCAUGGUCCUCUCACCGGGUUCUAUCCUGGCUACACAGGGCGCUGGGGGCCAGCAGAUCCUGCACGUCAUCCACACCAUCCCCUCCGUCAGCAUGCCCAGUAAGGUGGGCCAGCUGCAGACCAUCCCUGUGGUGGUGCAGUCACUGCCGGUCGUCUACACUACGAUGCCCACAGAUGGCGUAGCCACAGCGGCCAUCACCGUGCCACUCAUAGGCAGCGACGGGCGUUCGGAAGGAAGUGUUCGUCUUAAACCAGGUUCCACGUCUCCUGUGGAGUAUCAGAGCGAUAGCGACGCUGAGAGCGGUACAGAGUCAGGGUCUGCCUCCCUCAGCACCCAGGGCCUGGACGUGGGGUCAGUUAUCGACCUGGAGCCUGUGGAUCCCGACUCUCCAGACGUCAAAAGACGGAGAAUCCACAUGUGUGACUAUGAAGGCUGCAAAAAAGUUUACACAAAGAGUUCACACCUCAAAGCCCACAGGAGGAUACACACAGGAGAGAAACCCUACCACUGUACCUGGGAGGGCUGCACCUGGCGCUUCGCUCGCUCGGAUGAGCUGACACGACACUUUCGCAAGCACACAGGAAUCAAACCCUUUCGUUGCACUGAGUGUGACCGCUCCUUCUCCCGGUCUGACCACCUCUCCCUGCACCGCCGCCGCCAUGUUAUGAUGUGAACCUCCACCCCCCAAAUAAAAAACAACAAAAUGAACAAAGAACACGUGUGAACCUGCUGAGGUUCUUUACUCCCUCACAGCACAUCUUGUACCAGAGGGAACCAGCUCAGCUACUUCCUGCUUUUCUCCUCCACAGCCAAGGAAGAAGUGGCUCGUCCUUCAUCCUUCACCACUUCCUUGUCCAACCACAGGAUUAUCAGGAACAUACAUUGUUUUUCUCUCUCUCUCCUUUUUUUGGGCAGUUCUUGUGUGUGCUUCAUUAUAAAGACCGAGCGUUUGCUACAGACAUGUCCCGCCGCCGCUGCCUGUGACUCCGUCCCCUCUUCUACCAAGACUGGACGUAAAGACUUCCAUCAGCAGGGACGUUCAUCCGUCACGCCCAUCAUUUCAUCCUGACGUGUGUGUGUGUGUGUGUGUGUUUGGCCACUCUUUCAUUCUGUUCCACCGUUGGGAAGAACUAAUAAUCCAUAUAUUAUGGAUUUUAUUAAAUAUUUAGUUGGUUUCCAACAACAAAUCCAAACAGACACAAUUUUUCCAAAAGAUUUUGAAGAAUUUCAGAAAAUACAGAGCUUUUUUUAAAAUGUUUGAUCUGCCUUAUUUUAAGCAAAGUUUUCAUUUUAAUAAAAAAAAUGCAUGUAUUUGCAUCUUAACAGUGGUUUUUAGUCAAAUUGGAGAGAAAAAUUCAAGCCAUGGUUAAGGGGUCAUUUUGUCCAGUUGUUAUAAAGGAGACAUGUACAGAAAAAAACAAAUCUAAAUCAUUGGGAAAAAGGGCUAAGUCAUUCAAACUGUUUUGAUUUUGUCACUAAAAUCAUCUGUUUGGAAAAAUAACUCAAACUCUGUGCUGGAUUUGUUAUAAAAAAAAGUCCAAAUAUUUGACAUAUCACUUUUCUUUGUUCAAUAAUCUUCACACGUUCGUGUCCAAUCCUGAGGCUCCGGAGGUCAAGAUCCUAAAGUAGCCUGAUUUGUCCCGCCCCCUACCUGUCCUGUGCUGCGCCCCCUUUCCACUGGUACAGGAAACUACAUGACUGUGAACUUUAUAGGAAUAAUUUGUUUUCAUUGUUAUCAAGCAGUCGUUUUUUUGUGUUUUUUGUUUUUUCUCUCUUGCAUUUUUCUUCUUCUCUGUUAACAGUAUUUGCUCUUUUGUGUUUUGUGUCGAUGCUUGUCUUCUUUUUAUUUUGGCCAGAUUUGGCUUCUUAACAAAAUGGCACCUGCUCUUAUGAAAAAGAAGGAGCAAAAGUAUUUCCCCAUCCUUUUGUUGUGAAAAAGACGAAGGAGGCGCAAAUCAUUUAAGAUAAAAAAAAAUAAUAAUAAGGAGAAGAAACUCGUGCAGGGAAUCGGGGAGCUUUUCUGAGAAUGUGUGUACGUGUGUGUGUGUGUGUGCAUGUGUGUUUGUGUGUUAUGAGACAACACACAUAAUCAGAAUUUAAAGAUGUUCACAAGUGUGUGUGUUCCGGGCUCUUGUUCUUUUACCUCCAGCCCGUCGAGCCUUAAUCAAAGUAAAUCAAGUCAAAAACCAGAACCUCUGACCGACCAUGUUUGGCCGACGAUGCAGCGCUGUUCGUUGGUGACAACCCUGACGUUUUCCCAGGGUGGAUGAUUUGGCCCCAGUCUUUAUAGUGCGAUAAAGGAAUGUCCCGCCACGUUGUCGGAACAGUCGUUAAUCAGUCACAUUGGAAGAUGAAUGCAGACAAGUCUGAACAAGUCUGAACAAGUCUGAACAAGUCUGUGUCCUUACCCCAGGAAACCCAAAUCAAACCAAAGCAAGACUUUUUUUAAAUUCUAGGUUUUGACCAUAAAAAUAAAAAAACCCAAAAACUAAUCCUAAAUUUUACACAGGUUUUGAUCUUUGUGGUUUCAAAGACACACCCUGAAAUGACCGUCUUUUCAGCAACGACUUUAAACCCUGGAAAGUCCUUGAGGUCCAGACCGUCACUGUUCAAAUCGCAAAACCUGAAACGCACGACUUCUGAUAAUCAUUAGGAAAAAUUUAUUUUGUAAAAAUAUUGUCGAAGUUUAGAGCAGCUCCACUCAAUAAUACCAGAAGAGUUCGACCAAUCACAGUCUGCUCUUUAUCUCUAUAACAGAAUCCAAACUCCUGAGCCAACACGGCGUCGUUGCAGUGCAUCAUGGUCAAUCAGUGGUCCUGGGACCAACCCUUGCACGGUGUCGGGCUGUCAGGGUCUGAUGUGCUCGGGUUUUUCAUAGUCAAACCUCACAGGAGGGAAAACUUCAUGCUCAUCAUUAGCUUUUCCACCAGACAGGUGUUCAGGAGGGUGGGGUCUGCUGCUGGCCGGCACUGGCUUUUUUUUUGGGGGGGCACACAUGGAUCAAGUUCUGAUUAAUAGGUCACCAGGUGGCGCUAUUUCUCUGCUGCUGACCUCCAGCAAAAUCUCAAUUAUGCAACUUAAACGCUCACUUCAGAGGCAUUUCUGGCUCUGUCCUGAUUUUAUUGGUAAUGAGUGGCGCCCCUUUGUGGUCACGGAGUGUAACUGCAUCCUGAAAGCCUUUCCUGAAAAGCUACUUAAUGAGAACCAAGUGUCACACAGCCGACUUUUUUGAGAAACAUCGAUCGAUAAAAAGAUUUAACAAUGAUGACGUCACUGAUGACGAUGGCUUUCUGAGAGGGUGAAAAACAAACGACUUUAACCAGUGACGUCAUUUACUUUUACUACGAAUUGGAGACAAUAUUUUGAAUUGUAAAGAUUUUUAUCCCCGUUUUUUACAAAAAAUGAAUCAGAACUGAAUUCUGUCAUUAUUUUUUCUAAUGCAGGGCAGAGCAAACCCCAGUUCUCCUAACACCCUCCCUCUGCUUCAACUUAAAGGGAUAAUGCAGGGUUUUUUGGGUUGUGUUGUUGUCUGAGUACCGAUCAGCACCAGUCGUUCGAACCAAACACUCAGAAUAAAAACAAAGAAAAAAACGUUUAGUUUGUAGAUACAAGUCGGUUUGAGCUACUUGUACUGCAGUACAAUUGUCCAUCGUACGAACCAACAGUUUUAGCCGUUGGACACAAAAGUCGUUUGUGGUCUGGAGGUAAUUUCAAAUGCAUUACAUUUCAACUGUGGACCAUCACAUUCUGUGGAAUGGAAAAUCAGAAUUUGACAUUUUUUUAGUGGUGAAAAAAAAAGCAGUCAUUCUUUUUACUUUAGACCUCAGCUUGUAUUUUUCAUACAAAUCUCCACAGAGAAAAGUAAAAAAAAAAUCUCAUCUAACUCCACGUAGAUGAGUGUGUUGUUGUGUGAACAGUAAAAAAACCAGACGAACAUCAAAUAGACCAGACUGAGGUACGCGUCCACGGCUAACUCUGGUGUCCACUGUCACCUGACGGUUUGGUUCUAAGCACAGGGGGCGCCGUUAGCAUCGUUGGUGUUGAUUAUGUGUCCUCAUUAACGUCACACUACAAUCCCUGAAUUUUCCCUUUAAAAAGAAAAAGAUUAAGAAGAGAAGAACACAGCAACAACACAGCGACGAAGCACAUCUUUCUAGAAGAGUUUAUGCAUUUGAUUGCAAUUUUACUUUCUUUUAUAGAGCUGUUGAUAAAAGACGUUAAAAGAACAAAUAAUUAAGAGAAAUCAAAUGUACAUAAGUGUAAAUACUCAGAAAAAAAAGCGCAGAGUAAAUGUAACGGGUGAAUUUCUAUUUUUAACACUGACUAAAAAAAUGUGAAAAAAUCCCCCUUUUUUCCUUCGACUUCUUUCUCUGUUGGUUUUUGAUGAAGUGUUUCAUCACCUGUUCAUUAUUAUUAUUGUUAUUAUUGUUAAUGUUAUUAUUAUUAUUAUUUUCAAAUCUAACAAUGUUUGUUUUGCGUAGUUUCUUGAAAGAAAAAAAAUGGUCCCAGUUGUGUUGUUGUGCACACUUGUGAUGCAUGGAGACUUCCUGUUUUCUUGUAAUGACAUUGGUGAGCCUCGGUAUGUUAAUGUGUGUGUUAGAGAAAGUGGGGAAUGCCCUUUAAUAUUAAUAAAUCCAAAGGGGGAGGCGUGGGGGAGAAACAUUUUUUAAAAAAUGACAUAUUUUCAACAGGGCAGAGAUAAACAACCACAUUAUUUAUUUUAGUUUGUACUGUAGAGAAAUUAAACACAAAAUCACAAAAAUCAAUAAGUUUUCCAUGUUUACUAAGCUGGAGUUUCCUACAUAUUAUUUUUAAAUAUUCUGUGAGUCACACAAAGUUGUGGGAAAAUGUAAUUUCUUUGGAUUUAAGGAAAAGAAAAAAACAGUAAAUUUGAGAGAGAAAAGGCCUCGGAAAACCAGUAAAAUAAACUAUACUUUGGUGAUUUUUGUUUCUUAGAUGACGUCUGAGAUCUUUUGGAAUUAUAAGAGUGCCUUUUUGUCAGAAAUAUAAAAACUACAAAUGUUAUGAAAACAUAAUCCCUGCUCAGAAAAAUAAUAACAUUAAAAAUAACUAUUCAACCCACGUUCCUUUCUGAGCUGAUGUAACUCUAAACACAGACAUUUUAAACAUAGAUAAUGCAGUUGAUGACAUCACAGACUGUCAGUGAUGUCACUGACCCCUCGGUGCGACCUCUGACACCCGCGCACAUCAGACAACAGAAAACCUUAACUCUUUUUUUCUUCUUCUUUUGUCUGUUUUGAGUUUCUCUUGAAUGCAGUCAGUUCUGGGCCAGUACUAAAUAUUUACUCAGUGCAAUGCAGUUAUGAUUAUAAUAAUAACAACAAUACAACUAUGAAUGACUCCUACUUUUGUGUUGUUUUUUUUUUGUUUGUUUGUUUUUUUUUUGUAUUUGUACAGAACAAAUGUGUAAAUUUGGGCGAGGAAAACGUGAUCUUUUUGAUACUGUGACUCAUGGUGUUUAAAAGUCGCUUUCUCUCUGUACAGUUUUCCUUAUUUUCUCCUCCUUUCUCCUUCUUUUAUAGAAUUAAAAUGUUUUGGUGCAAUUUAA